AGGGUUCAGUUUUCAGUUGUUCACUUUCGUUUGGAAUGCCCCUACAAAGAACGUUUUAUAAGUGACAUGUUGUAAUCUGGUGACUGUCGGCGUUGUUCUACUUGGUUGGUCGGUCUGCGUUUUUGCGCACGCGCACUUAUUAUAUACGGAAGUUUUGAACCAAGCUGUGUAACUAGUGUCUGAAAUGUACAGUGUAUGAUCACGCGAUGUUUCUGCUCAACUAAUGAUCGACGCUAAUUUUAUGUUCAGUUUACUGUUGUUUUUUUCCUAAAUAAAACUAUUAUAGUGCGUUGAUAGUCACGAAUAGGUCAAAUGUGGGUCAUUUUAGGUCGGCCAUAAACCCACGAAACGCUUCAGCGCAGCGUCGACAAUUUUUACGUACACAACAGCGCGAGAGUCGUGCUGCCAUGACACCUGCUGAAGCAGCGCCGAAGAAAAAACACGUUCGGUUUGCCAGGAUGGAAGAGAACAUUGACCGCGACGAACAGGAAGAGGAUACCCUUUUCGACAAGCGUAAAGACAAUAAGGAGGGGCUGAAAAGUGCUCUGAAGGGGGGUAAAGGGGUACUGAACCCAGGGUCCGAUCAGGUUGAUGUAAUUCGACCCGGACGGAGCCAGAGCAAUACUGGGACAUGCUGGCGAUGGCUGGUCAGCCUUGUGCUUUGCGCAUCGUUUCUCGGACUGGGAAUGGCCAUUUCUGUAUUGGGCCCUACCUUUGAAGACCUGGCUAUCAAUGUCAACAAGAACAUCAGUAAUUUAUCCUAUAUAUUUGUGGGUCGUUCAUCAGGAUACAUUGGAGGCUCCCUGUUAGGAGGGAUCCUUUUUGACUGUGUGAAUCCCCAUCUGCUUUUGGGCUUCUCGUUGUUAAUCACAGCGUUUGGGAUGUCUGGCACUCCCUUCUGUAAAAAGGCUUGGCUGCUCACUGUUUUGAUGUCCAGUGUGGGGGUUUCAAUGGGAAUUUUAGACACAGGUGGUAAUGUUCUCAUCCUGAACACAUGGGGAGAGCAGGCUGGGCCUCAUCUGCAGGCUCUGCACUUUAGCUUUGCUGCUGGAGCCUUUGCCUCCCCAAUCAUAGCCAAGCUGCUGUUUGGCCACCAUUCUGACAACGACUCCAUUAACACUCCUUCAGUGUCUGGCCACGCCUCUAAGACCUUCUUGCCAUUUUCCCAUCCAAAGAGCGCUCCUUUAACAUCCAUGUGGGCCUACAUUGUGAUUGGUGCUUUUGUUUUAUUUGUGUCACUCUUCUUUUUUAUCCUGUACUCCUGCAGUUCCCCCAACUCAAAUAGGGCAAAGACACCCUCAGGGAAGCAGCUGUUCUCCAAACAUCACAACACACUUAUAUUCCUGCUGUCCGUGUUCUUCUUCUUCUAUGUUGGAAGCGAGGUGGCGUAUGGUUCCUUUAUAUUUACCUAUAGCAAGGACUAUUCUGGUAUGAAAGAGGCUCAUGCAGCAGGACUGAAUUCGCUGUUCUGGGGAACGUUUGCAGCUGGUCGUGGUCUGGCCAUAUUCUUUGCGGCUUGUCUGCGCCCAGGCACCCUGAUCCUGCUGAGUCUAGUGGGCACCACACUUUCCUCACUCUUGCUGUGUCUUUUUAGCCAAAAUUCCACUAUGCUCUGGACCUGCACUGCCCUGUAUGGUGUCUCUAUGUCUACCACCUUUCCCAGUGGGAUUUCAUGGGUUGAGCAGUACACAACGGUGACAGGGCGCUCAGCUGCAGUGUUUGUGGUGGGUGCAGCUCUUGGAGAAAUGGUUCUGCCAGCUCUGUUGGGCUUCUUACUGGGGCAGGUGCAGAAUCAGCCAUUGCUGAUGUACCUGGCACUUUGCACAUCCACCUUCACUUCUAUCCUGUUCCCUGUCUUGUACAAACUAGCGUCACCAGGAGGGGAUGCCACCUUACGGAAAAAGUCAGGGAGACGCACCAAGGAUGCUGAUGACAGUGAGUACCGCCAAGCACUGCUAGACAAUGUGGAGGAAGAGGAACAGGAAAUUGAAAGUGAAGCUGACCAGUGGAAUGAUGCAGACUUUGAGGUGAUAGAGAUGGAUGAUGCCAGCCUGUUGAGCUCUCCUUCUAAAGCCUCAGUGCCACCUGAUAUUGCAGCUAGUGAGUUUGCUGCUCACUCAAUGGCCACCCCAUUGUCAGCACCCUCAAGAGACACUGCAGCCCUGACCUCUCUGUCUAACACUCCGUCUUUUCCCACAGACUCUCCCAGACGCAAACUCUUAAUGUCCCUCAACAGGGAGAAGAAAGACUAAUUUAUUGCACUAUGUCAAAGAUGUCUCAGACUUUAGCCCGGAACUGAGAAGUGGCUGCUAAAUCCUGCACACCACAUCAACCUGAAGCAUUUUUUUCCCCUUUGGUGAAAAGAUCACACUAGCCAGUUGAUUUGCACUUUCCAAAUGCCAGUUGCAUGUUUGAUGGUCCUUAUGGAAACACACCACUGUACAGGAUUAUCUGUAAGAAGUUUAAUUAGCAUAUUGGACAUUAACUGAGAAUUGACCUGUCUUUGAAGGUCAGCCUUAUUAUUGGACACCAAUGUAUAUUAGGAUUAUAUUAAGAUAUUGGACUUCUACAGCUCUCCUCUCAUUUGUUAUUGUUGAUUGAUUUACCUUAAAUCAAAGGUUUUUGUACAAUUGUAACCAGCACAAUACACUAGUCUUAAGAACUGUGAACUAAGGCAACAUUUUUUUGUAUUGUAUGGUUAGAUUGAAUGUAUAAAGUUUCAUUAAUAGUGA